AGCAGCAGGACGGAACCAGCCGAACCACCGAGCCCAGCGAGCCCCGGGACACACAGUCACACCGGGCCGGGACUGAGAGAGAACCGAGCCUCGUGGUCGGAGUCGGCGGGUCGGACUGAGCUGGUCCAGGGAGCCGUCGUCCCCUAUAGCAGCAGCAGACCCGGGUCCUGCACCGGCGUGUCAGCUGCACCAGCCCCGGUACCGACUCCAGACGAUGUUCUGUCUGGUUCCGAGGGACUUCCCAGGCCCGAGAGGACGUGUGAGCAGCGGUUGGCUGGUGCGGCGGUGGUAGAGCAGCAGGGCGGAGGAGAAGAACUUCUGUUUCCUCUUCUCUGUUACAGCUCCACCGGGAUUUACCUGCAUUUGAGCCCAAACCCGUCUCAUCCAGCGAUGUUCGAGUGUUUAAGUGUUUACAAAGUCCACGGCGGGACUCCAGGGAACACCAGCUAGAAGGACCAGGAUCAGGCUCUUCCUGGUGCUUUAGUAGAUACAUAUCACAAACUAAACAUCUGAACUACUAAAGGAAAAGCGAAAGUCUGCGGAUGAUUUGACUUUUGCUGCAAACGUAACUUCACUGGGCCGCUCACAGGAUCACUGCUGGGCUUUUUCUGGGUGUUUUGUUUAGUUUUUUUGUGAAAGGAGAGGUAGAAAUAGAUAACUAUGUCGGGCCAAUCUAUCACGGACCGGAUCGCAGCGGCGCAGCACAGCAUGACUGGAUCUGCCAUCAGCAAGGCGGUGUGUAAGGCUACUACACACGAGAUCAGCGGCCCCAAGAAGAAACACCUGGACUAUCUGAUUCACUGCACCAAUGAGAUGAACGUGAACAUUCCCCAACUGGCGGACACGCUGUUUGAGCGCACAGCCAACUCCAGCUGGGUGGUUGUCUUCAAAGCCCUCAUCACCACGCACCACCUCAUGAUGUACGGCAACGAGCGUUUCAUCCAGUAUCUGGCUUCCAGAAACACUCUGUUUAACCUCAACAACUUCUUGGACAAGGGAGCUCUGCAAGGUUACGACAUGUCAACCUUCAUCAGACGGUAUAGCCGCUACCUGAAUGAGAAGGCCAUGUCCUACAGACUGGUAGCUGUGGAUUUCACCAAGAUGAAGAGGGGUAUCGAUGGUGUGAUGCGUACCAUGAACACAGAGAAGCUGAUCAAGACGCUGCCCAUCAUCCAGAACCAGCUCGACGCGCUGCUGGAUUUCCAGGCCAACCCUAACGAGCUCACCAAUGGAGUGAUCAACUCAGCCUUCAUGCUGCUCUUCAAAGACUCCAUCAGGCUCUUUGCUGCUUACAACGAAGGAGUCAUCAACCUAUUGGAGAAAUACUUUGACAUGAAGAAGAACCAGUGUAAAGAUGCUCUGGACAUCUACAAGAAAUUUCUUUACAGGAUGACAAAAUUGUCGGAGUUCCUCAAAGUGGCAGAGCAAGUUGGAAUAGAUCAGGGUGACAUCCCAGAUCUCUCACAGGCCCCCAGCAGCCUGCUGGAGGCCUUGGAGCAGCACCUGGCCUCUCUGGAGGGCAAGAAAACAAAGGAGUUGAAUGCAGAUACCAGAGCAUCCACCUUGUCUAGCGCCGUCUCAUCCCUCUCCUCCACCGGCAUGUCCUUCAGCCGCAUGGAUGAGAAGGAGAAGCAGCUGGCCUUGGAGGAGGAGCAGGCCAGACUGCAGUCUCUCAAGGACCAGCGCCUGAAGGAGAUCAACAUGCACACUCCCCCCUCCGCUUCCCCCAGCAGCCAGUCCAUCAGCAGCAUGAACAACAACCACAUCACACAAACCCCGGAGUUGUUCAGCUCCGUGGUGACUGCCAACAGUGUGCCCAACCUGAACAGUGACCUGUUUGAUCUUCAGCCGGCCUUCGUCCCCACCGUGCAGAGCACUCCUUCCAUCUCCAACACCAACAGUGCCUGGGGAGGACUGGAGAGCCAGCAGACCGCCCCGGCCAUCUCCGUAGAUUUUGAUGCCGUGUUCGGGAAUAAGACCGCAGCGAGUAACAACGGGCCGCAGCCUGCAGCCGGUUUCGAUGCUCUGGGAGACCUGUUAAAGCCUACGGUUCCCACACACGCUGCACCUGCUCCUCUCCCCCCCCAAAUGGCCAUCCAUCCUGGAGGAAAGCUGUUAGCCAGUGACCUCGACUCAUCCCUGGCCAACCUUGUGGGCAAUCUGCAGUUUGGUGGGAAUCCAUCCAAGAAGCCAGAUAUGCUGUGGAACCAGCCCGGAGAGAAGAAGCUGACUGGUGGUCAGAACUGGCAAAAUAAGACCAUGUCGACCACCCAGUGGGGUCCGGCCCCCAUGGCCCCUCAGCCCAUGCCUGUACCACAUGUGGCUCCUGCUCCAGUGGCUUUCCCCAUGACCACACCACAAGUGCCUGUGUAUGGAAUGGUCCCUCCCCAGAUGGGUCAGAUGGGUGGGGUACCUAUGAUGGCUCCACAGCCAAUGAUGUACAACCAGCCUGUUCUCAGACCCACCAACCCCUUCGCUCCCAUGCCAGGAGCCCAGAUGCAGUUCAUGUAAUCCAGUCAGGGGUAAGCAGAGUGCCAAAAGUGACACACAAACAGCAGAAGAAAACACACAAGCGGACGAUCAGGUGGACGGAGGAAUGAUUUGAUCCAAUGAACCGACUCAAGAGACAGAGGACAAGAUAACCAAUGAUACCAAAACGGAGGAAACGGAAGGAGACGAACGAACGGAGGGAGGGGGGGAUGGAGGGGAGACGUCGUCCUGGCUGGUCGUUGUCUGAAACAACUGUUUGCCUGUGUGUGUGUGUGUGUGUGUGUGUGUGUGUGUGUGUGUGUGUGUGUGAGUGUGUGUGGGUGGGGGAAGUGGGGCUUCUGUCCUUUUCCUGUCUUGUUUGUGUUUCAAAUUGUACCGAUGGAGAGAUUUUUCAAGAGAGGGAGCAAAGAUGAGUAGAAGGAGAAAGAAAACAGAGGAUGGGGAUUGCAGGAAUCCUCCCUCUGGUUUUCUGUCGAGUCUCUGCUGCAGAAUUAGCUUUAUUUCAUAUGGUGCUAUUUUGUCCCCUCUGGGUUGACGUCUGAUUGCAACAGCAACUUGAGAGCACUUAUGAGGGGACACGUGCAUGUGCGUGUGUGUGUGUGUGUGUGUGUGCAUGCGUGCAGAAGUUGUUUCAGACGAUGCAUUCACAGCCGAUCGUCCUCUCCGCCCCCCCCCACCCACUCAUUUGCUGAUUGUGUUCAAAAUUGUCCAUCCGAGAUUUAGAGGCAAAUUUUGUCAAGUGUGUUUCCUGUAAUUUUCCACUCUGUUGGGUUAACUUUGUAUUUUUCCGUCUUGUUUUCAUUGCCAGCCUUUUUUUAAUCUUCCCGGGGCUUGUACAGUAAUUUACUGAAGCGUUUGUUGUUGGUCGUCGUGAGUUUCGAGGACGAAGUCUUUGCUAUUCACACCACGUUCUUUCCUCCCGUUAAAGCUCUUAAAGCGACGGAUGCCCAAAAAGAGACGAGGAUUAGUGAAGACAACGGGGCUCACGCUGGACGGAAGUGUCUUAAGGCCCGGUCACACCAGAAAACGUCACAGCAAAACGCAUUUGAGUGUGAAAAAUUUGGUUGGUUGAGGAUCUGCGGCAGACGGCCAGCGUGCUUCAUGGUCAGUAACAUGUUAAUACUGUCAGUCGUCUGCUCCCAGAGACCCGAGUGUCUCGGUUUAGGGGGUUAGGGUUAAUCACUGUCCUCACCUGAGAAUGAAUAUAUGUACAAGAAAAAAUACAAAAAUGGGUGUUUAUACAUGAAAUGUUGUAUCUGGAAGCCAAUCAACUUUGUCAGUGUGGAAAACGCUGAACAGGGAAGUAUUAGAGCCAGAGAAAUGCAGACCCUUUUCUCUCCCCAGAGUAACGUCUUCUAGCAUUUUGUUUGUGGGAAAUGUGGAAAAAAAAAAAAUUAUAAAAAGCACUAGUCCAUUUAAUUUUUAAACACAACACAUAUGUGUGUGUAUAUCCCUUUAAGAUGGGAUGUUUCCUUUUUUUUUUUUUCCUUCAGUUUGUGCUUCUUCCUUUAGAGCUGAACAGAAUCAUGAUUUGUUGAAAUGCAUAUGGUUAAAGAAAAAAAAAAGCUUCACGGCUGCCAUCAAUGAUUCAUGACACAUUUAAUGCACUCGUGAUGCAGUGCUGAAGGGAGAAACGAAUGCUGCACCUGGUCUGAGAGGGAUAUGCAGCCACACAUCUGGUCAAAGGAUCAUGUAGGAAGAGGGGAGGGGUUAAGAUGGCUGGUUUUCUGUCUGUUAGCUCAGACUGUGACAGUUUAUCCAGUUAAUGACAAGAUGUUUCAUGUGUGGUCUGCAAACAUUCCCAUUUUUGUCCAGAAGUUUAAAUUCCAGCUGAGGAAUCUGAAUAAAAAAAGAUGAUGAUUCAACAGA